GAAAUAAAUGUACCCAUGCGCGCAACACAGAAGGAACGUUAUAUUUCCAAGUUCAUACCUUGUUUAUGAAGUACUAUAAUGCAAGCGCCAAAUUGGUUUGUAUAAGUCCAAACGCAACUGAACAACAGCUCACACCACAAGACGAUUGAAAGUACCUCCGGCAGUGACACGCUGCCUGCCACACCUGUUAGGGAUGUUGUGACUAAAGUUAAUGCCAAGUAACCUACAUUGGAUAUUGGGGAGGUCAAAUAUUCACGGUUUGUUGUUUGAUCCGACCGUCUGCUGGCUGUUUGUCAUAUUGAAAUGUUGCAGAUAAACGGCAACUCAAUGAGGAACAAGUCUGCAGUGACAGUGAACUCGUUUUCACGGACAGGAUCUCGAAGAUUUGGACAGUCAAGUCUUUUCAGAACGUCAGAGAAAGGAAUGACCACCUGCAGCCUUGAUAAGAGGACAUCUGCUCCAAGUUCUGCUUCCUGUUGCUCUUUUAUGGAGAGUAAACUCUUGCCGUUUGACCCCCGUGCGUGUGUGUUGUUGAAGGACAGCGGACUGACGAGCAUCAGCGUGUUUCCUGAAGUCAUCGUGUGCGCGCGCAUGGGCGUUUCUGUUGGUCCAACCUGUGUUUCCGUGGCCCAAACUGGGGUGGAUUGUUAUUUAGGAGCUUUGACUGGAGCACUUUUGGAGACGAUUACACGGAUGGACUCCCUCCUGUCCCGGAAAUUCCGGACGCCGACUCGGCCCUGAGUCCAGCGGUCACCCCGGGCCGCUUUCGCCCCUCCGACAUCCGCCACACUCCACUGCGCUACUGCUCCGCCCGCAGCAUGGACUCCUCCCUCGACAGCGCCGAGCGCCCAAUCAGCUACGGCUCCACAUCUUCCUCUGCCUCCUCCCGGGACAGCCACUGCUCACUGGGCAGUCGCUCCACAUUAGGCCCCUCCCCUCACUGUCACCCAGCUCCAGAUCGCGACUCUGGGGCAAUCCGGUUGGAGCUGGUUCCAGCCAUGCAGCUGGGAGGUGGAGAUGAGGAGGAGAGAAGUGAUGGAGGGGCGGAAACGGGGAGGGGGAUUGGUAAAGUGGACCCGGCCACUCCCCAAUCAGACACUGAGUCUGGGAAGAAGAGCAGCACUGGGCCAAGGCUUCAGUAUGUGGACAGAGUGGUUCAGGAGAUUAUGGACACAGAGAGAACCUAUGUGCAGGACCUUCGCAGCAUCGUUCAGGAUUACCUGGAGUGCAGUAACCAGUCGCAGCUGGCGCUGAGUUCAGAGGAAAAAGGGUCUCUGUUCGGGAACAUCCGAGACAUCUACCACUUCAACAGAGAUCUGCUUCAUGACCUGGAAAAGUGUAAUUCAGACCCUGUGGCUAUCGCAGAGUGCUUUGUAGCUAAGAGUGAAGAGUUCCACAUAUACACCCAGUACUGUACCAACUACCCAAGGUCCGUUGCUGUGUUGACGGAGUGCAUGAGGAAUAAGGCGUUGGCCAAGUUUUUCCGGGAGCGUCAGGAAUCUCUGGGCCACUCCCUGCCUCUGGGCUCGUACCUGCUCAAGCCAGUGCAGAGGAUCCUGAAGUAUCACCUACUGCUACAUGAGAUCGCCAACCACCUGGAGAAAGACACGGAGACGUACGACGUGGUGCAGGAGGCCAUCGACACCAUGCAGAGAGUAGCCUGGCAUAUCAACGACAUGAAGAGAAAACAUGAGCACGCCAUCAGGCUGCAGGAGAUCCAGAGCCUGCUGACAAACUGGAAGGGGCCUGAUCUGAUCGGCUACGGGGAACUGGUCCUCGAAGGGACCUUCCGGCUGCAGCGGGCCAAGAAUGAGCGCACGCUCUUCCUGUUCGACAAGCUGCUGCUGGUCACUAAAAAACGCGAGGAGGCCUACACCUAUAAGGCCCAUAUCCUGUGCUGUAACCUGAUGUUGGUGGAAAUCAUCCCAAAGGAGCCGCUCAGCUUCAGUGUGUUUCACUACAAGAACCCCAAACUACAACACACAGUGCAGGCCAAGUCCCAGCAGGACAAACGCAUGUGGAUCCUCCACCUGAAGAGACUCAUACUUGAAAACCACCCAGCUAAAAUCCCAGCCAAGGCCAAGCAGGCCAUUUUGGAGAUGGACGCUAUGCACCACCCAGGGUUCCAUUACAGUCCCGAUGGGGAAAAGAGGAGCCCUAACACCAAGGAGGGCACCACCCCUCGACGAGUACGCAGGAAGUCAGAGCCACUGUCCAAGUUACUGAAGAAUGCUAAACACGGAACCAAGGAAGAUGGCUCAAAGCGGACGAGUCUGGGCGCCACCCUGCUCUCUCCGGUAUCCCAGCUGGCUCUGGGAACUAUUGGUCGUAGCCGCAGUCUGGUCAACCAGUCGCAGGAGUCUCUGGACCCAGGGGACCAUUUUGACAUUAGUGACAGGGAGGAUGGGGAGGAACCACAUCAGCAGGACGCUGAUGACGAGGAUGAUAGCGGCCUGGGGGAGGGAAAGAGGCUGCGAGUCCCAGGGAAGUCGAGCAGGAAGCGGUUGAACCAACAGGCGUCUAUGGACAGCAGCAUCGACCAAUGGAAGACCUUCAACAUGAGCGCCUCAGACCUUCAGAGGGCUAGCAAAUCUCCUCAGGGAAGUCACCACCCUCCUCUCCUCAGAACACCCCGUGUGACGGAGGAACCUCCAGACCCCCUCGACCCAUCUGUACAGAUCCCGGGGCGUGACGCCCAGCCAGUGGGGAACAUCUGGGCGGACCAUCGUGUGCGCAGAGCCAUGUUCCCCACACGCCAGCAAACCAUGAACCCUGAUGAUGAGGAGGAGGACAUCUACCAGAUGUUUGUCCCAACCGAGCCGGGCGGAGCAGAACCAGAGCCACUUCCCAUCAGGUCCGAGGUGACGUCAUCUCCCGGCAGGAGCCAGGGGCGACCCUGCAGCUGGCACGUGGAGCAAGUUCCCUCGGUGCAGAUCGACCCACCAUCCAGCGCAGACAGCAGAGCACUAAGAAGAGCCAGCAGUGUGGGGGAGAAACAAAGCCCCGGCGUACAGAACUCACCCAGUCGAGAGGACGACGGUGAAGGGAUGAUCCACGGUGAAUCUUCCAGCAACGAAAUCUCUGGCUCAUCGUCGGCUGAGCAGCUUACGCUUGAUGACAUCGAGAACAUCUACGACAACAUCAGCUACGAGGACCUGAAGAGCAUGGGGCUGAUCAGGAGGGACCAGGAGAAUCGAGGAGUGCAGAGAGAGGCCUCCGGAGACGCAAUGGGUGGUACAGGGCGGAUUACAGAAACUCCCAUCAAACCAGAACACUUGUCAGAGAGGAAGCGUUCCUCAGCCGCCCAGGAGGGGCCACCGCUGGGGACGUGUGAGCUGAAUAUCGUGGAGGAGGAGGAGAACGUCUAUGACACCAUCUGCUUCAGGGAUCCCCCUGGGAAAGGUUACAGCCAGACACAGGAAAGGGACAGUUUUCUGCAGUCUGCCUCUGAACCGGACCUGAUGGGCUGCGGGGGCCUUGGGGGCUACCUGUCCGAGGAGAGCCUCCAUUUCGGCGAGGACGAGGGGACAGAGGACAACUUCCAACCCGUCCACGGCACUUCGGAACCGGACUACUCCUCCUCAUCGGCCUCGGAAACAUUCUCCCAUCGUUCACACACCGGGGACCGCAUGUCGGAGCAGGUGGACCAGAUCUGGAACGAUUUGGAAAACUACAUUAAGAAGAACGAAAAGAAAGCGGACCGCCUCCCCGCUGCGUUUCCCGUGAGCACCGGCGAGUCAUCCAAGACCUUGUUGGCCAAGAGCAGCCCCAAAAAGAACAACCCCAGUAUAGCCAGCCCCCAGAUACGCAGUCCUCCUACCAAGAGCCCACCAUCCCACCAUCCCAACCCCAGUACUGUUACCCCUCCUCACCAAUUCUCCAUCACUGUCAUCCACGUCCCAGAGCUGCUCAGAGAGUCUACCACAGAAGACAACAACCAUCACCCCACUCGUUCUCCCCUCACUCCUCCUUCACUCCCCCUGCCCGCCAUCCCAGACCCCACCCCUGCUGGUACGGUCAAGAGCAUCCGGAACAAACUGGCCCGCCUCAGCAGUGGCAGCUUCCGUCUGGAGGAUGAUGAUGAGCUGGGCGAUCUGCCCCACCGGGAUCCCGGGCAGAGGGACCCCUGCAUCAGAGACUUCCACAGCCUUUUCCCUGGGGAGUUAGCUGGCCUGGGUGGCCUGGACUCCCCCCUGGCCUCGUCAUCCCUUCUUUUGGGCGAUGCAGUGGACAGCUUCUCCCAGGAGCUCAUGGACAAGACCAAGAACCGUGUGUUCCUGAUGGCCCGUCAGUACAGCCAGAAGAUCAAGAAGGCAAACCAGCUGCUCCGCAUGAAGAGCAUGGACCCAGGCGACAUGUCGGGAGGACGCAACAGGGAGGAGAGGAAGCAGCAGAAAGACCUGGAGAAGAAGCAGAAAGACCUGGCAGCCAUUUUGGAGGAUAAGAAGCAAGGCGGGGCUGCCAUAGGUGCAAGGAUAGCCGAGUACUCCCAGCUGUAUGACCAGGUAAUGUUUAAAGACCCUCCAGGUCAGGGCCCCAGCAGCACAGCCCCUACUGGCCCUCAUCAUCAUACCCACCCGGGGCUGCCUUCCUCUCCGUCCCUGCCUGAAACCUGCUCCUCCCGGGAGCUGGAGGAUGAAUGGCUCCACUCCACCUACAGCAAUGGCGAGCUGGCCAGCUUCAUGACAGAGAUCAGGUCUUCCACCCCCCAGCGCAGUCUCACUCCGGCCUGCUCUGUCCCCAUUCUAAAGACCACGCCUCCCUCCCCGGAGACCUCCCCCACCCAGAGGUGGAGCUCUUGUGUCUCCGCCCCUGGUGAAAAGGAGGAGCAUAUGUACAGUUCUGUUAAAAGAAACACCUCAUUUAACUCCCCCUCCUUGUCGAAACCGACGCCGUACAGCCGUUGCCAGUCGAACGGCUCGCUUGGUGAACGCCCUCAGCAGCAGAAGGAGAACAACCAUGCCGGGUCCAACCAAGGUCUGCUCCCGGUUCAAAGGUCCUCAGAGAGACUCCAUGGUCCCAGUGGUCUGGGCCGGGCCGGUCGGCAGAGCAGCCUCCCGGAGCGGUCCAGUUUCGGCCAUGGUCCUUCUGCCCUAACCCUGCAGGACGGCCAGCAGGUGGUGGUACUGAACCGUGCAUCCGGGCUGAGUACGCUCGCGGCCACCCAAAACUAUAUGGCCAAUUUCAAGGACAACGGAGACGAUGAUGACGAUGAUUAUGUGGAGAUUCGCUCUGAGGAUGAGAGCGAGCGGCAUCAGAACUGUUCUGGGCAGGGAACCGGCGGUGUAGGUAGCUCCAGAGCGCCGGCCGUGAUCCAGAACCAGACACAGAGUUUGCCUUGUACCCCAGUGAGGUCUUCAUGCGGGCUGACGGACCGGGAGCGUCUGCAGGAGUACCUGUGGGCGGAGCAGCAGACGCAGCAGAACCAGCCCAAUAUCGUCCAGUCCCUCCGAGAGAAGUUCCAAUGCCUCAGCUCCAGUAGCUUCGCCUGAGGCGCGGGGAAAUCGCACACGACCAUAUGAACAUACAAGUGCAUAUACCGCAUCGAUGUUUGUGGCUUGGCCGGUCUCGUAACAACAACAAAAACAACACAAAAUGCCUAAUUUUCAAACAAAACACACUAUAUUCAGCAUACUACUGUAAACCCACAUAACCCACUCGCCAAGUCUAGCUUUGCAUUGGGUUUUCAGGGCAAUAUGAAAGUAGCCGUAAUAUGCAUCUUUGCCUGACUCAUCAAAUUUCACACGGAACGUACAACACAGCAGCUUUGCCAAAGUCACAUGGUCAAAUCGUGACCUAACGCUACACAACAUGCCAAAUACCGCACCCGAGUAGUUACGGCAACAUGCAUACGUUAGCACUAUUGUGGAAAUUGCAGAGCGUUUGCGUAGCAGUCUUCCAUGUCAAACAGAUUAACGUCCAUAUAUACUGUAGAACUCUGAAGCGGUUAAUCAUACAUAUUCUAGCAAUUUGAGGAUUUUACCUUUUCUGACCAGGUGGGGCAUUUAAAUGGAAACAUACAUACAGGCUUUAAUAGCUAUUUGAAAUGACGAUACCAUUUAAUGUAUAAAUAGUUCUGCUUAUUUCUGUUUAUUAAUACUAAGUAAUAGAACCUCCCCACUCAACAAAAAUACUGACAUCCCAAAAAUGUUAAUUGGUAGACUGCUUGUAUCUCCUGAAUGAAGAAAUGCCACAGGCUGAAGUGGGGUUAUGUUAGUGUUUUGAACACCAUUUCAUUUUAGAAAACAACCCUUGAGUAUCCCGGAGAAACUUUUCCUUUUUAAGUUUGAUCAUAUUUAACCUAUUAUAGCUGAGCGAGGGAUGAUCCUAUGUGAUUUGACGUCAUUGGUAGUGUUUUAACUGUGCUUAUUACAGUAACAAUUGUAACAACUUUAUAAGCAGUUUAGUUACUUUGCAAUUAGCUAAGAAUUACCAGGUUAGCUCAUCAGCAAUAAUAUCAGAUAAAGGGAUCCACAUGCCUUCUUAUACGUAGCUUACCAAGCUGUUCAUUAGGAUGAAUAGACCUAUAUAGCUGCAUUUACACAGGCAGCCCAAUUCUGAUCUUUUUCAAAUAAUUGUUUUGACAAGUCAGAUCAGCUAUUGCAAUUAAUUGGGCAAAAUAUCAGAAUUGGGUUGCCUGUGUAAUCUCAGCUUUAGAUUGGGCUGUGUUGACGUCAAGCCAUAGAUUGCCUAAUACCAGUAUUUCUAGAAUGAUUUUGGGUUUCUUAACUCCUUCAUCAUGACUAGGGGAUCACGCUUUAAAAAGAGUCAUCGUAUGAUAGUUCAACAUGAAAUAUUCAAUAAACCGCUAUAGGAGUUGUCUAUAUCUUGUAUCUGAGCGUCUGAACAUUUUAAUAAAUAUAUAUGUCAGUCCUUUGCGUGCGCUACAUAGGCUAAGUGGCGUAGUGCAUCUUAAUAAGAAGCAAAGAUAUUCUGUUACUAAUUUUUUAAAGAGGGACCAUGGGAUUUGGGGUGAGGGCUUGUUAAAUGAGUGCCGUACUGUAUUUUAGGUAGCUACAUUUCUCUUGAAACUCACAGAAUUUUGGGUCAAUUUUUUGGUUUUGUUAUGCCUUAUGGAACAUGCCCCCCACCUUCACACUACUGAUAAGCGUCUCCCUCCACAUAAUUACUCCCUUUCUAAUAACACCAUGCCUGAAGAUCAGUCAAUACUCCUUCAUUCUAAUAUUUACAACUAAGUAUAAAUUAAUAAACGUCUUAGUUGAUUUUUCUGUUUUGGUUUUUACACAGACAUCACUUUCGUUUCAGUAGGGAGCAUAAACAGUUAUUGAUAAUUUGUUUCAUGUUUGAACUCUUCAGUGUCCCCCACUUAUUUAUUUGCAAAAUAAAUCCCUAUUCUUGACCCACACAUUGCUGUUGUUAAAAGCGGCAGCCGUUUGUAAAUUUGAAUAAAAUGUAUUUAUUAAAAGGUUGGCAUCUUGAUGAAUUUCGGGACACAUUGAAUAACAUUUUGUUUAUUUGUUUACUGUGAAUGUUACAAAAAUGUUUAGUUUUCUUUUACGCACUGUUUAUUUUCUUAUCAAAAUAAUAAAUGAUAAUGUUGGAAUGCACAAUAUCAUGGCCUACUGUUGGUAGCAAUAUCAAUGUCUCCCAAACAACUUAAGAAUAUGAAGUAUGGUUAUAUAUACGUGUUCAUUUAAUAUUUUAUUUCUUAUAUUUCACUGGUGGGGAUUGUCAACCUUCAUUGAAAUUGAAUUGACUCUUGCACUUUUUCUUUCUUUUUUAACAUUUGAUUUGAAAACACUUGUAAAGAUGUACAUUUUAGGAAGGUUAUUCUUGUAUGCCAUAGGUUUGCUUUAUAUGCUUUCAUGUUUAAGUUAAAUGUACUGUAUUUUUUUAACUGCCUAGUUGCCAUUGCUCAAGAAAACAUGUAUUUGAGGCAAUAAAUAAAAUACAUAGCCUAC